AUGCUCCGUCCUUAUCGGAUGUUGACGUACUAUGAGAAUGAAAUUCGACAAUGGCACUCCCGGUUGGAAGAACAGUAUCGGAACCCUGAUGCUAAUGAUGAGCCUGCCGCUAAUGACGAGGCGCCACAGAAGGACGGAGCGAAAGAUGAUAACGAAAAUGAAGACACAAACUCGACACAAGAGGAAACGUCUGGAGUUGAAGACCCGCAGGGACUCAGCAAGUCCAGAACCGCGCUGGAGCAUUUGACAUACCUACUCAAGUUCAUGGACGACUAUGUCCACAAAAGAUUGGACUAUUUGAAAAGUUCAAGCUGUGAAAAGAUAUUCUUUUCUGACAUCUGGCACUUGUUCAAGCCAGGGGGCCAGGUCAUUUCUGCUGAUGGUAAGCAGAUAUACCAGAUCUUCAACGUGACUUCAACGCCUCAUAUUGGCGAAGAACGUUUUUCAAAGUUUGCAAAGGAGGAUGAAGAUUCUCGUGAAGCAGCCGACGGUCAAAUCGUCAUCCAAUGUGUCUUUAUCCACUUUGAUGGACGCCAAAUUGGCCCAGUUGUGAGAAACGUUAGCAUUCCCAAGUUCGACGGUGAAAAGGCUGUUACUUCGUUGAAAAUCUAUCCCUUACGAUUUCACGUUCGCAAGAAACUGGAAAGACAAAUCAUGGGACGGAAGCCGACGGGAGAUGAAAUUGGCAAGUCUUUGAGGGAUGGCGUCGCCAAGCUGCAGGAGACACUUAUCGAAAGAGGCAAACUAUUUACGGAGGUGGCAGCCGUCAAGCACAUGUACUACUCGGGUCUGACUGUUGACACACGCGACGAGGUUCAGAGCCAGGUCAUGAUAGACUUUGCAGAGGCUUUCCUGGUGGAGAAGAAUGGCAAUUGGAGGCCAGAAGUCAAACAUUUGGUUGGGAUGAUUGAGAUUUCUAAUUCGCUACGUCGCGAUGCACCAUGCACGGCGCUAUGUUGCGCAGAAGAAAGUGUUCACAACGACAUAUAUGUGGACAAUAAGCGUCAUCACGACUUCAUGAAGGAAAUGCUGAGAGGCGUCGAGGAUGGCGUGGACGACUUGCCGCCCGCUGCUAUAUAUCCCCGCCCUUUGGAGACUCUCAAGACAGGGGGGAGUACGCUGACGAGAGAUGAUUUGCUCAUCAUGUCGUAUACUGUUUUUGGAUUUGUCCUUCGAGAUCGCUCAUGGGCCCAGUUGGAUUUAACGCACCUCACCCACUUCACCGACACCGUCGACGAUUCCUCUGCUGGUAAUGAUGACGAGACUGAAGAUGACAAGACAGCUUUUGGCCGGCUCGUUCUACCACCGGGCCACAAGAACAUGGUACUCUCAUUGAUUUCUCAACAUUUUCGAAAUAAGGCAGCGCAGCGAGACAAGGACAGGGAUGAACAGGUUGAUAUCGUUCGUGGAAAGGGAAAGGGACUUAUUAUCCUCCUGCAUGGCGCCCCAGGCGUAGGAAAGACAACAACAGCCGAGGGUGUCGCCGAGAAGUUCAAGAAGCCUCUGUUCCAGAUAACAUGCGGUGACCUUGGAUCGUCCCCAAAGGACGUAGAAGAUGCCUUGCAAACGAACUUUGCACUCGCCAACAGAUGGGGCUGUAUCCUCCUUCUCGACGAGGCUGAUGUGUUUCUGGCUGAGAGACGAAGAGAUGACUUUAACCGCAAUGGACUAGUGGCAGUCUUCCUCCGAGUCCUAGAGUAUUACGCUGGUAUCCUAUUCCUCACUACGAAUCGCAUUGGAGACUUUGACGAAGCCUUUGCUUCUAGGAUUCACAUGAGUCUUCACUAUCCACCUCUCAAGCUGGUUUCAACUUCCAAGAUCUUCGAGCUCAACCUCAAAAUGAUCAAGAAGCGAUACCAAGAAGCUGACAGGAAGAUAACCAUUGACAUGCAGGGAAUUGGGGAGUACGCCGAAGAGUAUUGGCAGAGGAACGUAAAAGCGCGGCUGAACGGACGCCAAAUUCGAAAUGCCUGUCAGACUGCGUUGGCUCUCGCAGAGUUCGACGCUCAGCCAGAGGGCAGCAAGUAUGACCUGACGGUCAGGUCGGAUGCCAAGGUACACUUGACGGUGAAGCAUAUUUAG